AUGAUUUCUUCGUCUUUCCAUCUUUUGGGGGAGCAACCAUCCACCUCCCGCCAAAUCACGUUCCCUUCGGACUUCAGUUUUGCGGAUUUGCAAGAGUUGGUUGCAUCUCACUUUGCUAUUGUAGACUCUAACGAUGUUGGCUUCAUUCAUCAAAAUAUCGAGUUGACAUCGGUAAACGAGGUACGCGCAGCAACCGACCCCGUUGCGAUAUCAAUCAGUGGCAAAUCUGUACGAGAUAUACCGGGGCCAGGUGGUUUGCCAUUCGUUGGAAGCUUUUUCGAAGUAUAUCCCGACCAUCUUGGAAACCAUCAACGGCUAUUUAAUAAAUACGGAUCACUAUUCGUCACGACCAACAUGGGAAGUCGCAUCCACCAUACUAAUGAUCCUCGUUUGGCCAAUCUCUUCUUCACUGAGAGCCCUUUCUUUUCGAAAAAGAUAAUCCCCAACCAUCCCAUACAUCCAUUAGGUAUGCCAGAAGCUGGAUUGUUUUUUGGCGAUACAGAUUCGGAGGCAUGGCGGAUUACGCAUAAAUUUUUACCGCCAGCUUUGGGCCCCAAGGCAGUUCGACAUUAUGCACCAGCAAUGCAAAAAACAGCGGAAGAGUCAUUCAAUGUAUUCGACAAAUUGGAUCAGGAUGGGGAAGCAUGGAACGUAUUUCCAUACAUGAUGAAGAUCGGUUCUCAAGCAGUUGGCAGACUUGUUUUUGGCAUGGAUUUCAAUCACUUCGCAUCUGUUGAUGCUCCUUUGCACGAGUUUGUGCUCAAGCUUGCGCAUAAUGUCGAACUAAGCAAGCGAGUGUCGUCUUUCGGUAGCUGGUAUGCAAACAUGCCAUUCGGAGACCCCAAAAAACUUCGAGACAAUAUGCACGAAAUCCAGAGAAUGAUAUUUGAAACAUCCAAGAAUGCAUCCACGGGAAUUGAAGAUUUAAACCUUCAAGAUGCCGCUCUACAGUCUCAAAAUUUAGUCGACUACUGUCUCAGGGCAAGAGAUUUGAAGGGCAAUCGAUUGACCUGGGAUCAAUUCGUACCAGCUCUGGUUGUGCUUACCGGCGCCGGGUUUGUAACCUCCGCCGCGUUGCUCUCGUGGAUGAUAUACGCCCUUGUGACCAACGAAGGGGUGCAAGAGAGAUUGCUCCAAGAAUUGAUUGACCACGACUGGGAUGACAACAUCCAAGUGACCGGAGAUCUGGUAAACGAACUCAAGUUUCUGAAUAACUUUAUCAAGGAAACUCAGCGGACACACAAUCCUUCGUUCCAGCCCGCCAGAACAGCCUUAGUGGACAUGAUUUUACCUGGGGGGUACAGGUUGGCAAAGGACUCUAUUGUUGUUGCCGAUUUGCACCACAUUCACAAGAACCCACACAUCUGGGAUAACGCUGAAAAGUUUGAUCCUGACCGGUGGGACACCGAGAAAGUUAAAAAUCGACCUGCUGGAUCCUACCAACCCUUUGCCUCGGGCCCUCGGAGCUGCAUUGGAUUCAAUUUUGCCCUCCAAGAGGUUAAAAUCGUGCUAUCUAAGCUGUUGUACCGAUACAGAUUUAGUCUGGCCGAAACGGGAACCGUCGAGUAUAAUCCUUAUUAUUUACUGAUUAAGCCUAGUAACUUAUAUGUACGAGCCGAAAGGAGGUUCAAGUGGCCACAGAAGACUUGUGCUAGGACUGAUCCAUUGACAGAUUGA